GCUUGUUUACAACAGCGGUGGCCAUGGAUGGUGAACGAGGAAGUAUAGAACUGACGACAUAGGUCGUGUACAUUUUUACAAUGGAGAGAGAUACUGGUGCAAUCACGUUAAUUAAAGCUCUUGGGUAUAAAAGCAAAGAGUGCUUGAAGAAAUGUAAGUGUGACGAAUUACCUUGCCCUCUGCUCACCUGGUUGGUGUCAGAGCUAAGAGCAAGUUGUCCCGAUAUUCCAGCACGGCGUGGUGGUGCAGUUCUGGUUGGGGAGCUGAGGGAAGUACUAAACGAGAUGUCCUGUCCACAAAAUGCACUUAUAUCAGAGCACCUUAGCCCACUUCUGCUGUUCAGAGUGACCGAGUAUUUGGUGACCGAGUUGGCGGCAGCACGUAUGUUGACGUACAAAGAGAGUCAUCCGGAAGAUACAGAACAGAGUUGUGAGUCAAAGGGUAAAGAGCAAAGAAAAUGGGAAAGUCUUAAUAAAGAUGAGCAUGAAGAAAUCAGCCCAGCACAAGAGGAUAAAACUAAUUGGAAGGAAGCAAAUAAAGAUCUUGCAGAACUGUUUCAGAAUCUUGGCUUAGAAACAUCCUCUCAAAUAAGUGAUGCCUGCGCAGAGGUGGAGUCACGGCUGUCAUCACUUCCAGAUGGUGAAGCUCCAGAAGCGUUAUUAAAGUUCAGUCUGAACUCAGAGCAAUGGGAAAAGAUUCAUGACAUCAACAAAGCUCUCUGUAAGGAUUAUGAAUGUCGGCGCCAAAUGAUGAUCAAGCGUUUCCUUGUCACUCUACAAUCCUUUACUUGGGGAGAGAGGGGAAAGGAACGCAGUGAUUUACUGUCUUCUGUGAAACCCUUCACACCUUCUGUCGAGUCCUCCGUCUCCAUUGCUAUGCUGUUGGCGGCCAGAGAAGACGAGUCUCGCAUUAGGCCAGUUAAAGCAGGGCCUUCAACAGCUGUUCACAAGGUACUGAUGGGCAGUGUGCCAGACAGAGGGGGACGUCCUGGAGAGAUCGAGCCACCGAUGCCCAGCUUCACCAGUCGCAGUGAGGGAGGAGGCAGUCAACAUCAUAGAAAGAGAAGACGAGAAUUUUCAGGAAAGAAGAAGAAAAACAAACAGAAGUAGAUUUUUUUUUUAGUGCUAGUUUUGUAACUAACACAACAGAGCGAAAGAGCUUUAUGUUAAAAGGAGGCAAUAUAUACCAUUAAAAUGAUAAAAUAAGACCUCAAUGAUCAUGAACUAUGUAAAAAAAAAAAAAAGAAUUCUUAUUUACAUUACUUAAUGCACUAUUUCAUUUGAUGAACAAAAUUGUGAUACAUUCAUUUCAAUGAAAUGUAUAAAUAUGAAUGGCUAAAAGCUGUAUUUACUUUAAACAUCCAAGAUCUAUGACGAUAUUAUUAAAGUCAAUUAUGUUCCUUUGAAACAACAUUUUCUCUUUUAUCUCUCUUCACUUAUUUAAUUUCCCUUAAUAAUUUGCAUUUUUACAAUGCCUUUCAUUUUAAGUAGUUGACAUGAUAUUUCAUGCAGUGGCAGCAAUAUCUUUAAUCGUAACAUGCUAUAUUUUAUUAAAACUAUUUUAAAAUGAGUCUAGAUCUUAGAAAAUACUCAUUUGCGUUUUAAAUUACAAUAAAAAGUGUGUUAUUCUGAGUUGUGGAAUAGAAAAUUGUAGAAUGUUUUUAAACACACACACACAUUCAUACAGUUUAUAUAUUUAUAUUUGUGCCAUUCUAUAGAAUUGGUGCAAACUGCUGCCCCACAACCAAAAAACACAUUUAAAAAGCAUUUAAGUAUUCAAACUGUUGUUUAAUAAUUUGUGUUGUUUGUAUUGUAUAACGAUGGCAGAUGAGUUCCCCUUACAGGAAUUGAUAAAGUUUCCUACUAACUAACUAUUUAACUCUUAGAUGUUUACUAAGAUCCUUUUAUUAUCUAUUGAAACCCACAAUAAUAUUUAAAAUAUCAGUAAGCUAGUGGGUACUUUUAAAUGGGAGGUGGCUGUCCCUUAUGAAAAUGAUAUUAAAAUAUUUUUUGUAUUUUGUUCCAUUGCUGUUUUUAAAAUGAUCCUUUUGUGUUUUUUAAAUAAAGUGAAGUUUAAAAUA